AUGUUUUUAGAUAGCAAAACUAAAUUCAACUGGAAUAGACCAGCUACUACUGCCACUUUCGGUGCUAGGGGCUCAAUGAAUGCAGAAGAUUUAGGAAAAUGGUCAUCCAGCAAUAUGUAUAGAACUAGCUAUAAUGAUAUGAGUAUCAAGCAACCAGUAGAAAAUAAAAAUCAUGUGAUUCCAGGAUAUUAAGGGUAUGUGCCAAGUAAAGGCCCAGAUAAUGAACUUGCUGGCACUUUCACCACUCUGAGCAGAAGAUGCUUCACCAGAGAAAGACUUGAUGCAAGGCCAUAUAUACCAGGAACUUCAAGUUUUAACUUUACUAAGAUUCCAUCUAAACAAGAUGACACAAUGAGAGCAAUUCAUCACAAAUAUGGAAAGUAGACUAUCCCUAUUCCUCAUCCUAAUAACGAUGUCCCAGGUGGAUCUAGAGCUUGGUCCUCAACUUUCAGAGAGUCCUACGGAGUAAACCCCAGAUUCAGAGAUAAGUAAAACUUCAAACAGAGGAUGUCACUUGCUGAUGGUGACUUUGAUAACACUAUGAGAAAUACCAACAGAGGAAAAGGUCUAGUUACUGCUAGUGGUUUUUGCACAGCUAUGACAUUCUUUGAUGGCACUACCUGGGUUCCUGAUAAGCAUCUUCACACAGAUAUGGUUAGAACUGAAUACAGAAACAGGUUCAAUUAGCCCAAGCCAUUCCAUAAGAUCGCACUAAGAAAAUCAGUUUAUCAAGUCCCCAAGAAGGUCUUGAUUUACGAUAAAGAACCAGUGAAAUGA